UGCUACUUUAUUAACUGACAACGACGAAAUAUGUAAUGCACUCAGCGCGCUUCUGCAGUCCCCUCGCACGCAGAAGUAGGCGCACAGUCAAACUAUACCAUGCAACGGCACAUAAGCGACGACAACAUGCCCUGAACGCCAUCGUCAGCGAAGGCGCCAAUGGCUCCCCCGAACUCUCCACCGGCGCAUUGGUUGGUAAGAAGAUCGCCGUGAAAGACAACAUCGUCGCCAAGGAUCUUCCCACAACCGCAGCCUCGAAGAUCCUGUCCGGCUACCAGUCUCCCUUCGACGCGACGGUCGUCAGACUCCUGCGCGAACAUGGCGCUUCCAUCACCUCAAAAACGAACCUGGACGAGUUCGGGAUGGGGUCACAUUCCCAACACUCAGCCCACGGAGCGGUAUUGAGUCCAUUCAGCCGAGGGGGCGUCCCACUCAGCCCGGGCGGAAGCAGCGGAGGAAGUGCCGUGACCGUCGCAUCUGGAGAUUGCUGGGCAGCGCUCGGGACGGAUACCGGAGGUUCUGUGCGCUUGCCUGCUGCUUAUACGGGCGUGGUGGGGUUUAAACCGAGUUAUGGACUACUGUCCAGGUGGGGCGUGAUCCAGUAUGCGAACUCGCUGGAUACGGUGGGUAUACUGGCGGGGAAUGUGGGGGUGGUGAGGGAGGUGUUUGGGGUGUUGGAUGUGUAUGAUGCGAUGGACCCGACUUCGCUGUCAAGCUCUACACGGAGACGUGUCGCGUUGAACGCUGGUAUGCGAACGGAAACCUUACGGAUCGGCAUACCCGUCGAAUACAACAUCCAAGAGCUCUCCCCGACCGUCCGAGGCGCUUACGUCCGUGCAUUGCAACAUCUCCGAUCAGUCGGUCAUACGCUGCAUCCCGUCUCCCUACCCAGCACCCGACAAGCACUAUCAACCUACUACGUCCUCGCGCCCGCCGAAGCCUCCUCGAACUUAGCCAAAUACGACGGCAUCCGCUAUGGCCAUCGCACCUUUGGCCCAGACGCUCGCCCAAAGGAAGGCUUGCCACUUUACACGCCCACCCGCGGCGAAGGCUUUGGGGAUGAGGUCAAACGACGCAUCCUGCUCGGUGCGUACACGCUGAGCUCGGGCGCAAUUGAUAACUACUUCAUCCAGGCGCAGAAGGUACGGAGGCUGGUGCAGAGGGAUUUCGAUAAAGCCUUCUCCCUGCGCAAUCCACUUUUGGACGCACCGACAACGACGGAAAGCGGCGAUGAGAUUGCUGGCGUGGACGUUCUCAUCACGCCUACAGCGCCCACUCUGCCACCUACCGUGGAGGAAGUGCGCAGGCAGUCACCGGUGGAGAGUUAUAUGAACGACGUCUUCACCGUUCCGGCGAGUUUGGCCGGACUGCCCGCGGUCAGUGUACCUGUGCGGCUGUCCGACGAGGAGAGGGCGGGGAUGGAGGAGACGGAUGUGAGGAGUGUUGGUUUGCAGGUUAUUGGGCAGUUUGGGGACGAUGAGCGGGUGCUGCGGG